UAUGAUAUUUAUGAAAUAUAUUGCGUAGCAAAUGUAUUAUUAUUAAUGAUUACUAUAAUACUAUAUAUCUCGCGUUUCUGUAUAUCCACAGUUAUAGUAAACAUCAUUAGUUAUGCAUCGAAACCUAUUAUGAAUCCAAAUCCUGAUUAUCAACUUGUAAUCGACGCUUAUGCAUUGUGCGAUCGAAGUACUCCACUUUGCUUUUGGUUAUCUUAUGUACAUCAAAUAUCUAGUUAUAGUAGCACAUGCCUUGUACAGGUUGGCUAUGACUGUGUAUUAUUUAAUUUUAUUCAACGAAUAUCUUGCCUUUUAAAAAUACUGGAAUACCGGAUUUUGAAAUUACCAAAUCUUGUUGAAAUACAAGCAUUCGGAUAUCACGACGAAAUAAAUUAUAUUAAAGAAUGUAUUAAAGAACAUCAUUCGAUUUGCAAAGCAGUAAAAGCAUUAAAUGAUUCAUUUUACGAAACAGUUUUUAUUCAAUUGAUCUCAAGUAUCUUAACCAUGUGCACGAAUAUUUAUUUAUUGUCAAUGCAAGAUAUAUUCAGUAGUGAAUUCAAUGCGGUAUUCAUAUUUCUUUGUUGUCUAUUUACUCAAAAUUUCUUAUUCUGUUGGUUUGGUUUCAAAAUAUCAAGCAAUAGCUUACACGUCUCAAAUUCAAUAUUCAACAUGAAUUGGUGUAUUUUGCAAAAGGAAUCAAAGACGAUGCUAGCAUACGUAAUGUUGAAAACUGCUCAACCAAUUUAUUUAUUUAGCAAGAGUAUUAUCAGAUUAACUCCUGAAUCAUUUAUAAAUAUUGUUAAAGUUUCAUAUUCGGCCUUCAAUAUUUUACAACAU